AUGGUUACAAGAGAUACUGAAAAUAAGAGCGAAAUUGCCAUUAAACCAUUAAUUAACCAAAUUGGAUUUCGACAACAUCAUAUCAUCCAACCACCAACAGCCAAGAUUAAUCUUAAUCAUUCAACCCAAAAAAUUAAAGACAGUCAAGAACAAAAACAGUUUGUUGAAAAAGAUGAUGAAUCAAUUGAAAAAGAAUUAGUUAAAUUGGAAAUUAAACCAAGUAAUGCGUUUGAAUUAAUCCAAUUAACAGAUGAUGAAAUAAUAUCUAAACAACCUGAAAUUUAUCUAUCUUCAAAUAAAAAUAAAGAUUCAAAUGAUUUUCUAAUAAAAAAUACCAAUGAUGUUGUUUUAGAAAGUCAAACUCAAUUUGAUGAACAAAUAGAAGACAUUGAUCAAUAUGAAAAAGAUCAUUUCUUAAUGAGGUAUGAACCAAAAAAUAUUAAAGAAAUAACUGAUAACUUAUUUAAAAGUGAAAAGGACUUACAAAUUGCACCAGAUUUACUUCAAAAACAAGUUCAUAUUACUGCAGUUACACGUAAUAUUUUACUUGAUUGGUUAUUUCUUGUUUCACAAGAUGAAUUUGCAACAACAAUAGAAACAUAUUUACUCACUGUUGCAACAUUUGAUGAUUUUAUUUCUCGCAAAACAACUAUCCCUAAGUUUGUUCAAUUAGUUGGUGUUGCUUGUCUUCAUUUAUGUGUUAAAUUUCAAGAAAUCUCAUACCCAAAUGUUGAUGAAUUUAUUAUUAUUAGUAGAGGAGCAUAUACAAAAAACCAAUUAUUAGAGAUGGAGAGAGUGAUUUGUAAAACAAUUGAUUUCAGAUUUGUUCGUCCGUUAUCAAUUGAAUUUUUGAGAAGAUUUGAUAAGGCAGCAAAUGCAGAUGAAAUUGAACAUACUCUUGGAAAGUAUUUAAUUUUAAUUGCUACAUUAGACCAAAAAAUGAUUCAAUGUCUUCCAUCUCAAAUUGCAGCAGCCGCUGUUUAUUUUCAGAGAAGAAUCAAUAAUACUGUUCCUUAUUGGGAUAAAACACUUAUUAAAUACUCAACAUAUACUGAAAAAGAUAUUCUUCCUAUUGCUCAAUUAAUGAGAACACAUUAUUUAUUCCAACAAUCAAGAACAAACCAAUAUAAAGAAAUGUUUAAAAUGUUUUCAAGUAGUGUUAAUCACGCAGUCUCACAAAUUCCUUUCAUUCCAGAAUUUUAA